ACAUGUACCCCGGAGAAGUUAAAAUGACAUCCGUUUUUGGUCGUCCUGCCGUGCAAAAAGAUGACCUGAAAUUGAUGACAACUAGCCCCCAUAUAAAAAAUAACUUGGCGCCAUCCCAGAUAAAAUGCAUCAGAGUGCAACCAAAAAAAUGUUUAGAGGUGAUAUGUCAGUGUGGCUUGCCGUAAAUGCAUUUUCUCUCAAUGCCGACGGUGGCGGGCGGUGUGCAAAGAAGAUCAUGCCUACGUAGGACAUGUCUGGAGGUGUCUUUCCAAGGACCAUUCUUCGUAUCGCCCAAAUCGGCUUUGUGAAACAGUUGAGCGAUAUGGUUCUACCAAAGACCCUUUCAUGCAACAGGCCCAGGGCCUCGACAUCGACAAGAGGCUAAGCGCUACCGUGGAUGGAGCGUGAAUAGCACAUUGGGUGAUUUCAAGUACGGUGUCGUGCGAAGUCUUGUGAAAAUUACAUGGAUUUUAUUUUAACGCAAUUGCUGUGGACAAUUUUAGCCAGAUCAGUCAUAUUAUGGCCGCCCAUAUUAUCAUGCCCGACAUGUUAUCUUUAGUGAGAUCCUUUAAGUUAUCUUCAGUUUGUGAACGGACAUUUUCAGCUGUAUUUUCAGUUCAGUAUUCUCGUGCAGUUGAAUCAACAGUCCCACGCGUAACCAACUGCGUCGGCAUGUGCCUGCAGCAGCAGGGCCAGCGUGAUCGUGACGAGUUAAACGCAAAUAGACUUGGACUCAAGCGUCAACUUGUACUUGCGAGAUCGCAAACGUCGUUUAUCCAUACAUCUUCAUUUAAUUUUUUUUGGGAUGCUAAAAACAAAGUAAUUUAUCCUCCUCAAAACUCUGGAGAAGGAAGACAUCAUGCUGUAACUAGUGAAUUUUACUAUGCAAAGAAAGAUAUCAAACACAGCUAUAGAAAGAUGUGGUAUAUCACAACUUUUAUAAAAGGAAUGAUGAUUGAUGAUGCCAUCGUCCAGCUUGAACAUGUGAACAAGAAGGCAGCAAAGAUAGCAAGAGAGGCCCUUCUGGAAGCCCAAGAAGAAGCAGUGAAAAAUCACAAUGUUGAAUUCAAGUCCAAUCUACACAUAGCGGAAGCUCUGGUGGGUAAGGGUAAAUACCAGCAUGCUAUCAGAUAUCAUGCAAAGGGUAGAGCCAGUAUGUUAGACCUGGUCUACUGUCAUCUCUUCAUCAAACUCAAGGAAGGAACACCACCUGACAAGCCAAAGUUGACUGGAUAUGAUCAAGCCCAGCAUUACAUUGAAUGUAAGAGGAACAGAACUAUCAUCUCAGGGCUGUGAAUUCUUAUAACCAAAAUCCAGUUACACCAAUAAAUGCUAUACACAUACUUACUGAAUCGAUGACUACACAGUCUAAAAGAGAGGGAAUCUUAAGAAUCUGAACAUUGGCAUGUUUUCCUUCAGCAAGAAAUUUACCGGUAUCCACACUUGCUGCACUCGACCCAGGUGAGGUGAAUGGGUACCCGGCAGGAGUAAUUCCUUGCAUGCACUGAGCGCCGGUGAUGGCAGCUCGAGCUAAAGCCGGGGUAAUAAUGGCAGCGCUUUGUAUCCUCAGGCAAAAAGCGCUUUAUAAAUCCAGCUAUUAUUAUUAUUAUUAUUACAUGUGCCUGUUCUUGAAACUUUAGGUAGAACUUCUGUAAGUGAAAUACAAUGUCACAUGUUACGAUUAAUCCAAGCAUUACAUGGAAAUAAAAGGUAACAAUUGUACUUUUUAAAGGGACUGUCAUUGUACGAUCAUGAAGAAUGGUUUCUAGUCUUAUUUUCUUCAGCUUCAGAUUCCCUCUGCACAGAAAUAUUUAUUACAGGAGAGCCAAUGAGUCUGAAAGGAAUUUUCUACAUACUGAGUGGUACAGUACCAAUCUUAUGUGAACCAUACAUGCUGAUACAAUCUUAAUUAAUGUAGUUUGACCAAUACUCCCCCCCUAAGAAAGUUGUAUUCAAGUUUGUCAUUUACUCCCCCAAGAAAGAUGUAUGUAAUUUGACCACUAAUUCCCCCAAGAAAGAUGUAAUUUGUAUUUGUAUUUUGUAUCUUAUUUAUUUAAUCGCGGUUAAAAAGCCUGCUUUCAGCUAGAAGCUGCUUUUCAGCAAGGCCGUGGACAUUUUCUUCAAUAUUAUUCAUUGAUUUUUGCAAUACCCAAUGAAUGGAAACAUUUUCGUCAACAUCUUGUUGAGAGUAGAACAACUCAAGAAGAUUUGUUGUAUAAUUUAAAUGUUUUUAAGGUAUGCAAGUUUAUCCAUAGAAUUUCUGUUGAUAAAAUCUUAAAGUCCCCUACUUCGCAAACAAAAUGGGCAUCCAUUUUAAAUGAACCGGUUAAUAAUUGGAAUAGAUUGUAUAUGAUUCCCUUUAAAUGCUGUCUUUCAACAAAACUCCGCUACUUUUAAUAUAAACUUUUCAAUCGGAUAAUGGGGGUGAACAAACAUCUUUACUACGAUAUUGGCUUGUCUGAAUCUAAUUUACGGUAUGUACAUUUUGUUCUUCCUCUGUUGAAAGCAUUUCACAUCCGUUUUGGGACUGCCCUGUAACUCAACAAUUUAUUCAAAACUUCCAAACCUCUUAUUUGAACAAUGACGUGUAUUUGAAAAAGAAUUUUUUUUUUUUUGGUUGCCCUGACGCUCAAUACUUUACUGUAAACCGUUAUAUUCUUUACGCUAAAUAUUUUAUUUUUUCGACACGUAAGGGAGAUCGGUUGUGUUUUAGUUCUUUUAAGAGCGUAUUGAAACGCUAUUGUGAAAUUGAAAGGGUUCUCAGUCAAAACAUCAUAAUUUUUUUAUCAAUAGAUAAUAGUACGCAUGUACAGUUGUUGUAAACUUGUUCGCUUCAUGAUUUUCCUGUAAAUUGAAUUACUUUCGUGUUUGAUUUUGAAUAAAAUCUUUCUAUGAAAAAAGUUUUAUGCAUUUUCAGAUCACGCAUUUAAUUUUCUUCACUUCCAUCACAUAGAGAUUUCUUUCCCUGCAAGCUUGAAUUGACAAAAUUUGCAGCUUUGGACUAUUUUUUUUCUUCAUAUUUUACUUCAUCCUUAUUCGGCGAAGUUUUCCAUUUCUCUCUGCAUUCAGAUUAAGUUUUCUUGACAGAGCAAUCAAGGUCCAAUAAGAGCCAAAGAAAUAAAUCAGAAAAAAAAAACAAAGUGAAGAGUUGUGUAUUUCCAUCCAUUGGAGCACUGCAUAAUCCCCAGUUACAUUUUCGUCUUCUAAUUAAAAAAAAAAAAACAAGAAUUAAAAUUAAAUUCAUAAAUCUAGAAAUGAAAAAAAAAAAAAAAACUUUUAUAAUAGAAACCUAGUAACAGAUUCAACCUUCCUGACACAGUUCUCUUGGAAUCUAUGGGGACAGAGCCCCCCCAAUACAAACCUAGUAGCAGAUUCAAAACCUUCCUGACACAGUUCUCUUGGAAUCUAUGGGGACAGCCCCCCCCCCCCCCACUCAAAAAAAGGGGGGGGGAGGGGGAAAGGAAGAGAAUGAAAAAGAAAAGGAGUAGGAAAUGGGGAGAAGAAUAAAAAAACAGAGGAAGAGAAGAAAAAAAGGGAGAGGGGAGGAAGAAAAGAGAGGAAGAGGAGUAAAAAAAGGAGAGGAAGAGGGGAAAGAAGAGAAAAAAAGAGGGGGUAAGGAGAGAAGAAAAAGAGAGGAGGGGAAGG